AUGGGCCGCGUCUUCCGCAAGUUCCUCGAGUCGAAGCGCGUGUACUCGUGCCAUACGUGCGACGCCCACCUCGCCGACGAGGAGCACAUCAUCUCCAAGUCCUUCCAGGGCCGCCUCGGCCGCGCCUUCCUCUUCGAGUCCGCCAUCAACAUCUCGCGCGGCCCGGAGGAGAGCCGCGUCCUAAUGUCCGGCGUCUACAAGGUCGCCGACAUCUGCUGCAAGGUGUGCGGCGCCCUGCUCGGCUGGGAGUACCUGGAGGCCAAGGAGGAGAGCCAGAAAUACAAGGAGGGGCGAAUACUCCUCGAGAAGACCCGCCUCACCCGCACCGGCAACUGGUAG